GGACUCUGACUUUGCAGAUCCCUUUGCGUAGUAGGUCGAUCAUUGGUUGGGAGUGCGGAGCUUCGUUCCUGCCUUCCUAUCUUCGGGCGUGGGGAGGCUGCCGUUUGUCUUACUGACAGUGAAACGCGCGAUCUCGGAGGAACACGCGAGAGAGAACCAGCGGCAGCAAUUGAGAUCGUAUACAUACAUCUAGACGAGCUGGAGCGAGGAAGAACGGACAUUUUUCAAGUGGAUUGAUUCGGCUUGCGGUCAGAGGACAUCGGUUUGUGCAUCGUGAGAUUCCAAGUGUGUGAAGUGGACAGUAUCUCUGACAGAACGAAGGGAGAAAUGGCCGGAGCGUUGCCAGUUUUCUACACUUACCCGUUGGCUUUCAAUCCAGCCAAGGCCAAAAUUGCACUGGACGAGUGCAAUAUCAAGUACGUCGAGAAGAAGAUUGACAUCCUGAGUGGUCAAUCCUUGGAGCCAUGGUUCCUGAAGCUGAACCCCGGUGCGUGGGCUCCGACGUUGGUUGUGGGCGAAAAUGUCAUCUGCGAAUCUGCAGAGAUUGUCAAGUGGGCUGACGCACAAGGAACUCCUCUGGGUGGGGAUAAGGUGGAUCGGCAGUUCAUUGAUCAAUGGGUCCAGAAGGUAGAUAACUGGGACGGAAAUUUGUUUGCUGCAGCCUUCGGACCAGCUGGUGGUGUGUUGAAGAUCACCACGGAGCACAAGAUCAAAAUUUGUGAGGCUCAGGCCAAGAGGAAUCCCGACUUAGCAGAACUGUACCAGAAGAAAGCUGCAGCAAUGAAGGCACAAAUCGAGGAACCCAACGACAAGGCCAAAUGCGAGGCUAACAAAGCCCAACUCAUCAGUCUUCUGGACGAAGCCGAAAGUCGACUAGCCACUGCUUCAUAUCUUGCAGGGGAAGAGUAUUCCAUCGCCGACGUCAUUUUCACCCCGUGCCUCUACCGCAUCCCGCAAGUCAAGCUGGACAAGGAGCUCAUCGAGUCCAGGAACAACGUGCAGAAGUACUGGGCGUCUCUCAAGAAGAGGCCGAGCUAUAAGAAGGCCUUUGGCGUUUCAGAAAGUCCUCUGUCCACAGCCAGUACAGUGAUCCCUGCUUUCGGAAAGAUCUUGCUCUCCAAGAUCACCAAAAAAUACUAACCACAACUGAGCAGCUGUCUGUAUCAGUUAGCAUUUGAAGGUACAUCCUUUGUUUCAAAGCAAGACGAGUCCUCGGCCUUUUAUGAACAGUCAAGAGCAACUUCAAAGUUGCAAGUGUUAUGAGCGCUUUCGAGUGAAUGAAUGUCUAUCUUGUUACCGAGAGAAAGGUUUUUUCUGAACACCUUUUGUGUCAGUUCAGGGCUACUGGACCUAAAAAAGGUAGCAGGAUUCAGUGAACAGAGUGGACAUUUUCCGGAAAUCUGUAGUAAAUCAUUUCUGAAGGUCGAGGAGCUAGACUUUGUAUAUUAGAUUCAUUCGUAUGUAAUAUAUCAGACAACCCAUUAGCGUAGAGUGUCGACAGGCUUAUUUUCGGCUUUGAAAAAAAUGCUGAAUUUCUUUCCCGCGGCUGAAGUUCGCCAGCCUUGCAGUAAAUUAGUAUUGUGUCUCCAAAUGAUGUGGUAUGGCCGCCGAUACUUUACAGAAUGUAGUGGUUUAAAUUGCAAGCUCUGGCUUCUCUUAUUGUAAAACUGAGCGGCAGUGAAGAUCUUAUCGAAAUUCAUUAAAUGCUUAGUCUUCACAGUUGAUGAUAUU